AUGUCCUACCUCAAGGCAACUGGUGGCCGUCCGCGUUUUGCGUAUCCGCCCAGUGGAUUUUUUGAGGCUUCCGAUGGCUAUGGCGAAUUGACGGAUCCCAUUACGAUUCCUCCCCAUGCACAUGCAGAAAUAAACUUCAAUUCCCCAGAACGUAUUCGAGGACGACCUGGGCAUGGAUUUCGGAUUGAUAUCCCGAACACCCAAUUUACCGUCGUUCUCUGGACCGACCCGAUCGCGAUGGCUGUGGGAGUGUGGAAAUACCAUAUCGCAAAGCGUGCCACGCCCGCUGUCCCUAUCUCUUUUCUGGACCUCCUGAACAGUGGAUGGGAUAUAGCGUAUUAUCAGGACGAGGACCAACAGUGGCACCCCGACGCUACUAGCGCUGGAAUACCUCCAGAAGCCGGUGUGGUGACCCUAAUGGGUGGGGAAAACGAGGCCGUCGCCCUCUAUCACCUUCAAACUAGGAGGGUCUAUCAUGCCUCAUGCCCAUUCCCCAGGCCACCGAUGAGCGGACCGCUGAUGAUGGGCCACGGGGCUGUUCGAGCAGAGCCUCAACCUUUUAAUCCUUAA